GCACGCACACACACACACACACACACAUACUGAGGACUGGAGAAAGGGGCACGAUUUCCCAGUAGUGUCGUGUCGGCGGGGUGUUUCCUGCCCCAGUAUCCCGAUUUCCUGACUUCGCUCGCAGAGCCUGGCGGCUGUCGGCGCUCACAUGCUCGCUUUUCCUUCCUGCCCUUCUGCGUGGCCGCGCAUCCCUACGCAGCAACAGCCUAUGGAGACGGAUCGCCGCACUCCGCUCGGCUAAUUUUUUUUUUCCCUCCAGCGAACGAGUCCUUCUUUACUGGCACACACACGGAAAAAUCGCGCCUCGUGCAAAAUGACAUCAAUAUGAGGACUCUUCGACACGGCACAGGUCACCACCGUAAAUUCCUGGAUUUGGAUGUACUUUAUAAAGUAAGGCUCGGAAUUCGGAGAGGCGCACGAUCGGCAGUCAGUCUAAUUUGGAGGUGACCGAAACAAGAUGAGAUCUUCAUCUACAAGGCUGUCAAGCUUUUCAUCUAAGGAUUCGCUGUGGAAUCGGAUGCCAGAUCAGAUCUCGGUGUCCGAGUUUCUAUCCGAGACUACGGAGGAUUACAACUCGCCGACCACCUCAAGCUUCACCACUCGGCUGCAGAGCUGCAGGAAUACCAUUAACGUGCUGGAAGAGGCAUUAGAUCAGGACAGGACUGCCCUGCAGAAAGUGAAGAAGUCUGUCAAAGCAAUAUACAAUUCAGGUCAAGAACAUGUUCAAAAUGAAGAAAACUAUGCACAAGCCCUAGAUAAAUUUGGUAGUAAUUUUAUAAGCCGUGAUAACCCUGACCUAGGAACUGCCUUUGUGAAAUUUUCAUCCCUUACAAAGGAAUUAUCAUCUCUGCUGAAGAACUUGCUCCAGAGCUUGAGUCACAAUGUUAUUUUUACCCUCGAUUCUCUUUUAAAAGGGGAUCUGAAAGGAGUCAAAGGGGACCUUAAAAAACCAUUUGAUAAGGCCUGGAAGGAUUAUGAAGCCAAGUUUACAAAAAUAGAAAAAGAGAAGCGUGAACAUGCCAAGCAGCAUGGAAUGAUUCGGACGGAGAUCACAGGGGCAGAGAUUGCUGAAGAGAUGGAGAAAGAAAGGCGCCUCUUCCAGCUUCAGAUGUGUGAGUACCUGAUUAAAGUGAAUGAAAUCAAGACAAAGAAGGGAGUGGACCUGCUGCAGAAUCUUAUAAAGUAUUACCAUGCACAGUGCAAUUUUUUUCAGGAUGGUUUGAAAACUGCAGACAAAUUGAAGCAGUACAUUGAAAAGCUGGCUGCUGACCUGUACAAUAUCAAACAAACACAAGAUGAAGAAAAGAAGCAGUUGACAGCUCUGCGCGACCUGAUCAAAUCUUCACUUCAGCUGGACCAAAAGGAGGACUCACAAAGCAAGCAAGGAGGAUACAGUAUGCAUCAGCUUCAAGGAAAUAAGGAGUUUGGAAGUGAGAAGAAGGGUUAUCUUUUAAAGAAGAGUGAUGGGUUAAGAAAAGUUUGGCAAAGAAGAAAGUGUACUGUAAAAAAUGGCAUACUGACAAUCUCCCAUGCAACAUCCAACAGGCAGCCAGUGAAACUGAAUCUACUAACCUGCCAGGUGAAACCCAGCAGUGAAGACAAAAAGUGUUUUGACUUAAUAUCCCAUAACCGAACAUAUCACUUCCAAGCCGAAGAUGAACAAGAGUUUGUAAUCUGGAUAUCAGUGUUAACCAACAGUAAAGAAGAAGCUUUAAAUAUGGCAUUUCGUGGAGAACAAAGCACGGGUGAAGACAGUUUAGAAGAUCUCACUAAAGCCAUCAUUGAAGAUGUGCUGCGUAUGCCUGGCAAUGACGUUUGCUGCGACUGUGGAGCUCAAGAUCCUAAAUGGCUUUCCACUAACUUAGGAAUACUGACCUGUAUAGAAUGCUCUGGAAUACAUAGGGAAAUGGGGGUACAUAUUUCAAGGAUCCAGUCAAUGGAACUGGACAAACUGGGCACCUCUGAACUCUUGCUGGCCAAGAAUGUAGGAAACAGUAGUUUUAAUGAAAUUAUGGAAGGGAAUUUACCAUGUCCUUCACCAAAGCCCACUCCAACAAGUGAUAUGACUGCACGGAAAGAAUUUAUUACUGCAAAAUAUGUGGAUCACAAGUUUGCUAGGAAGACCUGCAUGUCAGCGGCAGCUAAAAUGAAUGAAUUGCUAGACGCUGUAAAAUCCAGGGAUUUACUUGCACUAAUACAAGUCUAUGCAGAGGGUGUAGAAUUAAUGGAGCCACUACCAGAAACUGGAGAGGAGCCUGGAGAGACGGCCCUUCAUCUCUCUGUACGGACUGCUGAUCAGACUUCACUUCAUCUCGUUGAUUUUUUGGUACAGAAUAGUGGCAACUUAGAUAAGCAAACCUCAAAGGGAAACACGGCUCUACACUAUUGUUGUAUUUAUGAGAAACAUGAAUGUUUAAAACUCCUCCUGAGGGGCAAGCCAGCUACAGAUAUCACUAAUCAGAAUGGAGAGACUGCACUGGACAUUGCUAAAAGGCUAAGAAAUCCACAAUGCGAAGCGCCACUUGUGGAAGCUUCAGCUGGAAAAUUUAAUCCCCAUGUUCAUGUAGAAUAUGAAUGGAAUCUGCGGAUGGAAGAAAUUGAUGAGAGCGAUGACGAUUUAGAUGACAAGCCAAGUCCCAUAAAGAAGGAACGAUCUCCAAGACCUCAGAGCUUCUGUCACUCUUCCAGUAUUUCCCCUCAAGCAAAAUUACCACUUCCUGGCUUCAGCAGUCAAAGAGAGAAACAACGGCUCUCCUAUGCCUUUACCAAUCAAAUGUUCAGUCAGACGACUGACUCCCCAACAUCGCAAUCAUAAGAUGCCCCCUCCUCUCCCCACCCAAGGAACACAGGAAAAGCUCAACCAGGCCCUCCUUCCACCCUCCCUCUUGGCACUCAGCCCCCUAGUGGCAGCUCCACUCUGUCUAAGAAGAGACCACCACCCCCACCCCCUGGACAUAAACGAACCCUCUCUGACCCGCCAAGCCCUCUACCUCACGGCUCACAGAAUAAAGGUGUGAUUCCUUGGGGAAAUGAUCAGAUUCCAGCUCCUGGAAACAAAGCUACAACAGGGAACAAAUUUGAGGGAAUACCUCAGCAGCCAAGUGAUAAAUCACUUAUUUCAAGUACUGGAACAACAAAAUCUACCCUGGGACCAAGAGUUCUACCCAAACUACCUCAAAAAGUGGCAUUAAGAAAAAUUGAUACAAUACAUCACCCCUCCAUAGACAAAUCCAGUCAGCCUCCUGACAUGUUCCAAAAGUCCCCUCAGGCAAGCGAGUUGCCCCAAAAGACUCCAGUUAAUGAAAAACCCCAGCCUGUUGAGCUGCCUCCCAAACCUCAAGUAGGAGAGUUGCCUCCUAAACCUGGUGAACUGCCCCCAAAACCGCAGCUAGCAGACCUGCCCCCAAAGCCACAGCUCGGAGAGUUGCCUCCAAAGCCGCAAGUCAAGGAUCUUCCACCAAAGCCUCAGCUGUCAGAGGUGACCCCAAAAUCGACACCACAUGUCAGCGAGAAUUUGCAUAAAACUAUCCCGCAACAUGUAGCAGUGAAACCACAAACUACAGAUUCAUUGUCAAGUUCUUCUGGAAAUGCCAUCCAGAAACAGCAAUCUGAAGAUGCAAAUGGUACACCCACGGGCAUGCAGGAGAUGCCUGUGCCACUCCCCAGGAAAAUCAACACAGGCAAAAGUAAACUGAGGCGAGUAAAAACAAUCUAUGACUGUCAGGCUGACAAUGAUGACGAGCUGACGUUUGCAGAGGGUGAGGUGAUUGUUGUCACGGGUGAGGAAGAUCAGGAGUGGUGGAUCGGACACAUCGAGGGACAGCCGGAAAGGAAGGGCGUCUUCCCCAUGUCGUUUGUUCACAUCUUAUCUGACUAGCAGCAGAUGGACUUGUAUGUUGCUUGUUUCAUUAAUGCAAGGCAUUAGGCUUCUUUCCAGCAACCGGGAUGAUUGCUGCCUCCUCUUAAUCCUGUGCACAAAUGUGUAAAUAGCUGCUGUUAUAAAAUAAUUCAUUAGGUCCACCUCAUGAGGUGUAAAGUAUAUAUGUAUUGUAAAUAUCUUGUGUUAUCCUGCCUUUGCCAGUAUUACCAUAUAGCCUUGGAGCUGGCACGCCUUACUGGGUUUGCUGUAGCCGUCCUUGGCGUCUAGCACUUAACUCCAUCUCUGUCAAUGCUGUUAGGCGAUGUAUCUGCACAUAAUACCCUGCCUGCUUACAGAAUAUAGGCGGACUCUUUAUCUCUAUAAGCUUGACUUUUUAAAGUUAAUAUCAUCUCAGUAUUUUCAGUAAUAUUACUGGAUAAAUAAAGGAGACAGGAAAGGGAUGGAAAGGACACCGUGAGUUGACUCUUGUUUUAUAGGGUCACAUGGAAAAGAUUUUAAAAAAACAAAAAAAAAACAAAACAUGGACUUGUUAUUAUAAUUAAUGGUGGUUGACAAUAUUGUAUGUUGCGGGAUGAAAUACAUAUUCACUGACUGCUGUUACAUGAUCUAAUGUGCACACGUGUGCAUGUGUUCUUAUGUCUUUGGCAUCUGCUUAGGUGCUCAGAUUUCCAGUCAGUAACCUUUACUGUUUAACUUGUGUUGUGAAAAACAUUUGUUUUGAAAUAUUCCGAGCAGAGACACACGAGGCAGCCUCCAGUGCACAGCAUCGUAAUGGACGAGAUGAGACGCCGUCAAAGCAACUUGGUCUUACCAAGGAACACAAAGCUAAGUUAUCACUUCCUGUGAAACAUUAAGACGCCUGUGAGUUAUUUAGGAAGUAAAAGUUGUGGAAGUUACGCUGGAGAGGUAAUUAUAUGGAGUUCGUAAGCAUGUGUUUGUGUAAAGAUGACAAGUUUAUUUUAAUGCCUUGGCAUUUGGGCUUUAAAUGUUAUUUUCUGGGGAGAAAAAAAAAAACAAAAAGUAGGUAUCGCUUUAAAAUAAAACCCACAGUUUACAUAACUGUUUAGUCACGCUAGAGCAGUUCAUUAUUAAAGAAAAAAGGCAAACUGAGCUAUUACCUCGGGAAUAUUUAUUUCAUCCAGGAUCUGCUGAAGGGGUUUGUUGAAAAACAGGAUUUCAGUGUCCUCACUCUGAGACCAGCUGUUAAAAGAAAACGAAA